AUCUGAUCUGUUAAUUCUGUAUACAAAAUCAACUGGUUUGUUUGUGUUGUGACAGAGGAAUAAGUGUCAUUGGAGACGUUCGCAUGCAUGCACCAUAUUUGUGAAUAUUUACAAUACUGUUUUCUUCCGCUGUAACCUAUGUAGAAAAGUGUGCUGUGAAUAAGUCAUCCAGUGAUUGAAGAAUCGACGGCAGGAUAUCAAAGGAUUCGUACACCAAGAUGGUCGAGAUCGAACUGGAUUUGCAACAACCCCAUUUCAAAGAACAAUCUGUCGGUUGGUUGAUGAAGGCUGGUGCUGCGCUGGACAGCUACAUAGAAAGUGUCAGCGGAAAGAAGAAGACUAUCAUCGAUGCGAUAUUCCAUAUGCCUUUGAUUGGCCUAAUGAUUGUAUGGGCGACACUUUUACCGUACUCAGAGAGUCGUCUGUUAGAUAUGCCGCUUAGUCUUAUUCGAUUUUUUGCCUGUGUACCUUGGAUCUUAAAAACGCAUUCAGGACUUCAAACAUUGUUUCCGGCGUACCGGGAUAUGCUAGUGUGCAUUUUAGCAUCUUGGCUAUCGCAAGCUGUGUAUUGGAUCCUCAGAAGCCAUAUUGAACGACAAUGUUUUCAAGACGAAUUUGACAUAAAACUUUUUAAAGAAUCUGAUGAUAGUAAUUUACCUUUUCUAACAGCUGUGGUCUUAAUUUCAUUUCACUUAAAAUCUUGCUCAAAAUGGGCUGUGUUGUUAAAUUUCUUUCCGAUUGCUGUCAUGUAUGUACCCUUUUUUACCGAAUCACGUCUUCUUACUGAAAUGUAUUACUGGAGUGUCCAAAGUUUAAACUUAAAUUGUGUGGACAAUCUUUAUUCGUAUUAUAAUGAGGUAGAACUUGUAAGAUUACAAAAGAUUAUUUCAAAAAUAACACAUCAGAUGCAAAAUGAGACGAAUGAGGAGUCAGUAAGAAUCGCUUCUGAAAGGCUUCAUCAUUAUAUCAAUUUAUAUAACCAACAUCAAUCUGACAUUUAUUCACUAAUGGAGCAGAGUUUCAAGCAUUGUAUAAAUCUUUCCAUCGUCCCUUUUAUUAUUCAGUUACUUAUAGUUGUGCUUGCAUCUGACCUUGAAAUUUCUGGCUUCAUACUGUUUUACAGUUGCGUCAUUAAAAGUCCUUUGAACAUUUUUUCCGCUUUUGGGUUAGCGUCUUUAAUUUCAACAAUAUUUCGCUACAUCAUGCAUUUAGUUUUUCGUCUCGUAGACAUCGAGUCCAACCAGUUAACUUUUGGGUUGUUGCAUCUUCAAAUCGCUUACGGAACAUUAGCGCUUUUUCACGACACAGACUUCGUAUUUAUCGAUACUAAUUCGAGACAAAGCAUUUUCCCAAUAAUUAUUGUUUGGUCUCUAUCUCAUUGCAUUUGUGUUUUCCUAGAUACAGUUGAAAACGAGAUCUUAGGAAUUGUGAAUGAAGGUGCAAAUGGGCAAAUGUUUAAGUUAUUCCGAAUUUUGACAACUGCGGUUAUAAUUGCUGUUGGAUACAUACACAUCUCAACAGCUGUAGCUAACUAUUCAAUUCUAAGUGUAGGGACUUACAUGUUCUUUACCAAAAGCAGCUGUGUUGUAGUGAAAAGUGUAUGCCUUUUUCUGAGCAGCAUUUUACUUUUCAUAUCGCAUCUUCCGUCUCGUGUCCAAGAUCAUGCGAUAAACAUGUCUGAACAUAUGAGUUUUAUCCAAAAGUGUGCACUUUUUGUGGAUACCGCUAUUCACUUGUACACUCGCAUGUUUUGUCCGAUUAUGACUUCGUGGUUCCUGCUCAGACUUCCUAUUAAUCUCUUCGGCUUUGUGGUCAACUUAGUAUUAGCGCACAAAGACUGGAAAAACUAUUCAUUUCACAAUAAUGUCCGUGCUUUCAUAGAUGGACUACCAGAUGUGUUACAAAAUAAUGAUUGUUCAAUAUGUAGGACUCCUCUGGAAGUGUGCAAACAACUACCUUGUCAACACAUGUAUCACGGCGACUGUUUAAAGAGAUGGUUUCGUACACGAAUUGCGUGUCCAUUAUGUAAUGCACAGUUUGAAAUACCACAAGUUCAAUCAUUUAUUACUAAUGUGAUUUCAAACAUAACACAUCGCAUAUUCAGAAGGUAAACAGGCUAUUAUAAACAAUGUGCACGUCGAUACCCUUCAUAGGUAAUGACGUGGAAAAAAUAUCUGAAUCAAAAUCGUUAAAAAGGAUGAAUAAUUGGAAACUAUAUUGUAGCUAAAUUGAUUAAAUUAUGUUUGUCUUGGCUAUGUGUUGCAUGUUUGCAGGUCUUGCUAAUGCAAAUGAAAAACAAGAUGAAAAAAUGAAGAUUUUAAAAAGGUAAAUCAUGCUAUUAAUGAACUACCUGGGUUUUUUUAAACCAAAUUUCCGUAUUUCAAAAAAGGUUGUCCGAAUAAUAUCAACCUACAUGAUUUACGCAUGUGAUACAUUGCUGUUUGAAACAAGUAACUGAAAAUGCAGCGUAGCGACGAAAAAGCUUUUUAAAAAACAUAUUUAAUUUGGACUGAUUAUGAAGUGAUAGUAUAAUAUUGCGAGAUGCCAGAUACUGAAAAAUAAGAUAUACAAAGAUAAAAACUGGUACAUCAUACCUUAAUCAUUAGAUGCAUACUUGUCAUGUGUUGGAUUUAAUGUGUAUAUUAGAAUUAAUAUCGUGUAUACAAUAUAGAGACAUAUUUGAAUAUAGUUUAAUAUUCUAAGAAAUGCGACUACAGCAUAUAAUAACUUAAAUUAAUAGUUUUCUUUGGCUGUAUUGCUGUGCUGUGAUCUGCAUUUUUUGCUACAAUAUUUCAUGUAUCGUUUGUUUAUAUGCAUCGUAUGCAUUUUAUUUUUGUUUCAUUUAAUGUUGUUAAAGUAAAGCAUUUUUGCGUGUAUCCUUUCAAAUAAUUUGUCGUUGCUUUUAUGUGUAUAACUUGAGUAUUUUAAUUAGUAAAACUUGUGUUGUACGUCAUAUCGUGUGUACGCGUGUUAGUAAUAGUGCGUCCUGACUCUCACUUGCGUCAUAUCAUACGUGUUUACUAUUCGUUUUCAUCUUUAGAUUUCGUUGAUUUUUAAUAUACGAAUACAAUGAUCAUUUACGUAGUUUAAUUUAAUUUUACAUUUUGACCACAUUGCUGCUUGUGUACUUGUAAACUUGACCUUUCUUUACAAAACAAAAUACAAAUAGUUUCACGAAUAAAUCAUGCAUACAGUUACACUUUAUUACUAAGGUUUAAUACAAAUAAUUGCUGAAUAUUAUUCUGAAAGUUUAUCAUGACGAUUUUCUUCUUACAUUUUAUACUUUUAAUAUUUAAAUUUCAUUUCCAAGCGUAGA